ACUUCUGGUGCAUUUUCUGGUGCAUAUAGUGCUUCCCUUGUCAAAAUCAUUCAAUGCGUGCUCACGGAUUUUUACAGCAACAUUCAUCAUCAACCAAAGUUCGAACGCACAUUCUGGAUAAGUCGAGUUAUUUCCAUGUUUCAAGCGCUUGGUGAUCAUAGUCAACUCUUAGGCUUUCGAUGGUAUGAAAUUCUAACUGAAGAGCACAUGGAGUUUACUCUUGAUCCUUGUAUGUGGAAACAUAACGCUGCGAAUAAAUACCAUGAUGGUAUGGACUAUGACGAUAACAAUCGCAAUCGACUGGUAAUGGAAGGACCGAGCAGGUAUAAUGACAAGGAAACUAUUGAACACUCCAAAGACGAUACAAUCAAGAUCACACAUACUUCCAUUGAACCUACUUGAUACAGUU